GUAUGGCAUGGCAUCCCAUUGCCUAUUUCCUCCCUUGCCAAGCCACGGUGAGCUCCAAGCAUCCAGAGAGUAUCACCGAACAGAGUGUCAAAUUUGUGCCUGUGUGCGUGACAUAGAAAAGGAGAGAUGCCGACGACGGACUGGGGCCCAAUCAUCGUGGCGAUGGUGCUGUUCAUCCUGCUGUCGCCGGGGUUCCUGUUCCAGCUGCCGGCGAGGGUGAGGGUGGUGGAGUUCGGCAACAUGGGCACUAGCGGCUUCUCCAUCCUCGUCCACGCCAUCCUCUACUUCUGCCUGCUCACCAUCGCUGUUGUGGCCAUCGGAGUGCAUGUGGGCAGAGGCUCCAAGGCCCGAGAAGCUGCCAUUCAUGGGGUACGGUGUUGUGUUGGUGUUGGAUUCCUUUGAUUUUUUUAUUUAUUUUUUUGCGGGAUUCCUUUGAUUUGUUUGCCUGUCUUUCUAUCUUUUGAACACGGAACUAAGUGAGAAAUGAAAAUUAUAUAUGUAUACAUGUGUUGUUUACAAAGACGACAUGCGUGAUGCAUCCAGGAUUUGAGCAAAUUGGUUCCUAUUUAUUUUUCUUCACACUCGAGGUCGGGUGAUCAGUUUAUUUCUUAGGAGACCUUCUGAAGAGUCGAGCGCUCAUUUCUUCAGUGGCGUUCGGUGUCGCGUCACCUUGACAACUCUUCUUCCCCUCGACGGUGACUGAUGUUCAAAAAUUGAUAUUGUUUCGUUUGGUCCAUUGACAUGUCUGCCCGAGCUAACGAAAUGUCAUCCCCAGAUUCUAACACCCCCCGGAUCUCGUGUCGCCCCUGGGGGGGGGGGGGGGGUCCGCGGAUGGCGCCACAGGUGUUGGCCGUCCCUACCGGCCGUGUGGGUGGAAGAGGAUCGUCGCUGCUCCAGGUUGCUCCGUUGUUCUCGGCUAAUCUAUGACUGUUGAAGUAUAUAUGUGUAUUGCAUAGCUCUUUCCAUCAGUUUGGACUUUAAGUUGUGUUGGAUAGUGCAUGAAGCUUAGCACCGGCCUCCUCUCCCUCGAUGUGGUCCUCCCUCACCAAUCUGGUCCUUGCUCGCCGAUCUAGUCAAUGCUCCUUCUGGGACACCAGGUAUUUCAGCUAAGGUGGGGUGGUGGACAUCUGGGGGGGGGGGGCAUGGUCCCCCAUGCAUCGACCCUGAUGGGCGGCUCUCCUGUGUCGAUAUCCUUCUUAAGGGCGUGUCGGGCUUCCCUUUCCGCUCCCUCCUCCUCCUCCUCCUCCCGAUCCUGAGGCGAAAUCAUUGGCCUUGUUGGCUGGAUGGCAAUGGCAUUCUGGCAUCACGGUCCUCCCUAGAGGCAUCAUUCAAGAAAAGGGUGGGGGUUGUGGACCUAUUGCGAGGUGUUUAGUGGUGACGCCGGUGCUUUGCUCUCUAGAAUAUCUGUUAUCUUUCACUUUUUAAUCAAACUUUUGCCUUUGUAAUUGACAUCAUUGUAUCCUAGCCGGUUGAUGGCUUCAUUAAUUUGAAGUUGUGCAUUUAUGCUUUUUCUCUAAAAAAAACAAUGCCUGCAUCAUAUGAUCGAAGACAUGGGAAAAGUGAAGCACUAGUUGGAGACCCGCUCAGACGGACAUUGAGCAUACCAUGACCUAGCCGUCAUCAGACGUAGCCACACCCCUGGAAGGCCUCCUCCAAGCGGGUAGAGUGAUAGGGCAGCAUGGAUGACACCCCCACACCAUCCCCUAUUGUGGCUUCGCUCUCUCCCCGUGCAGCAGCAAAAUCCCAACAAAGCGACACGGAUUCCCUCACAGCUAGGUAGAUCAAACCAUCGCUCACC